GGGUACCUGAGGUCACUGGCUCAGCAUUAGAGGCAGGGGCGGCCGCUGCGGGGGCAGAACUCCAGAGCUGCGAGGUCCACCCGAGCCUUCCCUUCAGCCCGGGAAGUAUAACCGCCUGUCUGUUAUUUGGCUGAAAGGUGAUCUUCAGGAGUGGCUUCAGAUCAAGUUGGAAGGGUGACUAAGAGCCAUAAUCUUGGGAAGUUCCUCUAGUCUAGACCACUGCAGGUUGACUUCAGCUUCACUUUAUGUCUACUUUAUUCUGGGACUCAAGCUGGAAGAGAAAGAUAAAAGGAAGAACCAUAUGAUGGCUCUUAAAGAUUUGCCUUAGAGAUGUCAUGCUUUAUUUGUGCUCACAUUUCAUUGGCUAAAGCAAGUCAGAUGACCAAGCUUGAUAUCCACGGGAAAGGGAAGUGUAAUCCUCUACAGGGAGAAUGUGAAACAUGUUGCAGAAGUAUUCAUGAAGUGGCUGAAGGGGGAAGGAAAAAAGUGCCACUGCCUAUCAGAAAACAAAACAAAACAUGGGAAAUACAACCACGAAAUUCCGUAAAGCACUCAUCAAUGGUGAUGAAAACCUCGCCUGCCAAAUAUAUGAAAACAACCCUCAGCUAAAAGAAUCCCUUGAUCCAAACACAUCUUAUGGGGAGCCCUACCAGCACAAUACACCAUUACAUUAUGCUGCCAGACAUGGAAUGAAUAGAAUAUUAGGGACUUUUCUUUUUGGUAGAGAUGGAAAUCCAAAUAAACGGAAUGUGCACAAUGAAACAUCUAUGCAUUUGUUGUGUAUGGGACCUCAAAUUAUGAUAUCUGAAGGAGCCCUUCAUCCUCGCUUAGCACGCCCCGCUGAAGAUGAUUUCAGAAGAGCAGAUUGUCUGCAGAUGAUCUUAAGAUGGAAAGGAGCAAAACUUGACCAAGGGGAGUAUGAGAGAGCAGCUAUUGAUGCCGUUGAUAACAAAAAAAACACACCCCUGCACUAUGCUGCUGCCUCAGGGAUGAAAACCUGUGUAGAGCUUCUAGUAAAACAUGGAGGAGACCUGUUCGCUGAGAAUGAAAAUAAAGAUACUCCUUGUGACUGUGCUGAAAAACAACACCACAAAGAUCUGGCCCUCAAUCUGGAAUCUCAAAUGGUAUUUUCACGGGAUCCAGAAGCUGAAGAAAUAGAAGCUGAAUAUGCUGCAUUAGACAAACGAGAGCCAUAUGAAGGAUUAAGGCCCCAGGAUCUUCGUAGAUUGAAAGAUAUGCUUAUAGUGGAAACUGCAGACAUGCUUCAGGCUCCAUUAUUUACUGCUGAAGCUUUACUUCGAGCUCAUGACUGGGACAGGGAGAAAUUACUUGAAGCUUGGAUGUCCAACCCAGAGAACUGCUGCCAACGAUCAGGUGUUCAAAUGCCAACUCCACCGCCGACUGGGUACAAUGCCUGGGAUACCCUCCCUUCUCCAAGAACUCCAAGGACUACACGUUCUUCUGUCACCUCUCCAGAUGAAAUCAGUUUAUCCCCUGGGGAUUUGGACACAAGUUUGUGUGACAUUUGUAUGUGCAGUAUUUCUGUAUUCGAAGACCCAGUGGAUAUGCCCUGUGGACAUGACUUUUGUAGAGGAUGUUGGGAGUCGUUUUUGAAUCUGAAAAUUCAAGAAGGUGAAGCUCACAACAUUUUUUGCCCCGCAUAUGAUUGCUUCCAACUUGUGCCUGUAGAUAUCAUAGAAAGUGUGGUUUCUAAAGAGAUGGACAAACGAUACCUACAGUUUGAUAUUAAGGCCUUUGUUGAAAAUAAUCCUGCCAUUAAAUGGUGUCCUACUCCUGGCUGCGAAAGAGCAGUCAGACUAACAAAACAAGGAUCAAGUACAUCUGGAUCUGAUACACUCAGCUUCCCAUUGCUGAGAGCCCCUGCUGUGGAUUGUGGGAAAGGACACCUAUUCUGCUGGGAGUGCCUUGGUGAAGCGCAUGAACCUUGUGACUGCCAAACGUGGAAAAAUUGGCUACAAAAAAUAACUGAAAUGAAACCAGAAGAACUUGUGGGAGUUAGUGAAGCUUAUGAGGAUGCUGCCAAUUGUCUCUGGUUAUUAACUAACUCCAAGCCUUGUGCUAACUGUAAGUCUCCAAUACAGAAGAAUGAGGGCUGCAAUCACAUGCAGUGUGCUAAGUGCAAGUAUGACUUUUGCUGGAUUUGCCUAGAAGAGUGGAAAAAACACAGUUCUUCCACCGGAGGUUACUACAGAUGUACUCGCUAUGAAGUGAUUCAGCACGUGGAGGAGCAAUCCAAAGAAAUGACUGUGGAGGCUGAGAAAAAACACAAACGAUUUCAGGAACUUGACAGAUUUAUGCACUACUACACAAGAUUUAAAAACCAUGAGCAUAGCUAUCAGUUAGAACAACGCCUUCUUAAAACAGCCAAAGAAAAGAUGGAGCAACUGAGUAGAGCUCUCAACGAAACUGAAGGAAGCUGUCCAGAUACCACUUUCAUUGAAGAUGCAGUUCAUGUGCUCUUAAAAACCCGACGCAUUCUCAAGUGUUCUUACCCGUAUGGAUUUUUCUUAGAACCUAAAAGCACAAAGAAAGAAAUAUUUGAACUCAUGCAAACAGACCUAGAAAUGGUCACUGAAGACCUUGCUCAAAAAGUCAAUAGGCCUUACCUUCGCACACCCCGCCACAAGAUAAUCAAGGCAGCAUGCCUUGUACAGCAGAAGAGGCAGGAGUUCCUGGCAUCCGUGGCUCGGGGAGUUGCUCCUGCAGACUCACCAGAAGCUCCAAGGCGCAGCUUUGCUGGUGGAACAUGGGAUUGGGAAUAUUUGGGAUUUGCAUCACCUGAGGAAUAUGCUGAAUUUCAGUAUCGGAGGAGGCACAGACAGCAGCGCCGACGCGGAGAUGUGCACAGUCUGCUCAGUAGUCCUCCAGACGCUGAUGAGCCAAGUGAAAGCACUUUAGAUACCCCAGAAGGUGGCAGCGGCCACAGACCCAGUGCCUCCGUGGUAAGUUCUGCAUCUAUGAGCAUGCUGCACAGCUCUUCCCUGCGUGACUAUGCCCCUGCCAGUCGCUCUGAAAACCAGGACUCUCUUCAGGCUCUGAGUUCCUUGGAUGAAGAUGAUCCCAAUAUACUUCUCGCAAUACAGUUAUCCCUGCAAGAGUCUGGGCUGGCCAUCAAUGAAGAACCUAGAGACUUCCUCAGUAAUGAGGCAUCCUUAGGAGCGAUAGGUACUUCUUUACCUUCCAGGCUGGACUCAAUCCCCAGGAAUACAGAUAGCCCUCGGACUGCAUUGAGCAGCUCUGAGCUAUUGGAACUUGGUGACGGCCUUAUGAGACUAGGAGCUGAAACUGAUCCAUUUUCAACUGACACCCUUAGUUCACACCCUCUCAGUGAGGCAAGGAGUGAGUUGUAUCCCUCAUCCAGUGACCCUGACUCAGCUGGCCAGGACCCCAAUAUCAGUGACAAUCUUCUUGGGAAUAUCAUGGCUUGGUUUCACGACAUGAACCCUCAGAGUAUUGCCCUGAUUCCUCCAGCAACUACGGAAAUCAGUGCCGAUUCCCAGCUCCCCAGUGUCAAGGAUGGGUCAGAAGGCAUGAGGGAUGUGGAAGUGGUGCCACCAGAAGAAGAUUCGAUUUUUGAAGAUGCUGUUAUAAGUGAAGGUAGAGGAACCCAGAGAGAAGAAGAAAAUCUUUUAGAGGAAAAUACUCUGGCUGGAGAAGCAGUGUCUCAAGCUGGCAACAGUGGUAAUGAGGCAGCCAACAAGGGGGAUGGUUCAGAUGUUUCAAGUCAAACACCUCAAACCUCAAGUGACUGGCUUGAACAAGUACAUUUAGUGUGAACUGCACACCUUUUGCUCUAGAUGAAUCGCAAGUACAGACAGUAUACUAGGUGAAAUAUGCUUUAUAGAGACUUUGAUCCACUUAAUUUCAACUCAAUUAGAAACCACUGACAUUAGGAUUGAAUAUGAAGGCAUUCCCUUGAAUGGUAGCUUCAUUUUAGAUUUUUGACCUUAACGGGGAAUUUCUUUUGAAUUUAAUUGGGUAGCUUUCCCCCUUUUUGCUGACAAAAAGAAGAGCAGGAUAGAAAGAGAAACACAAAUGGAAUAAAUAGGUUAUAUUCCAUAUUCUAAGAAAAUGCAGUCCUCUGCUUAGCCUAAGGCUGGCAAUAGUUAAAUUGAACAUUUAAAUUAAAGGCAUAUUCCCUAAUCCUUGGGUGGUUUAUCCUUUUAAAAAGAGAGCUUUCUUCAUUUUAAAAGUUCAUGUUGACAGAUCUGAUAAAAUUCAGCUCCUCAAUCUCUGUGCUCUUCCAUAACUUUCUUUUUGUCUGAGAAGUGUGAAUUGAGGUAUACAGUGCUUCUCUUUAGUGCUGCAUCUACCACAGUGUAGUUUUAAUUUUCACAUGAAUCCAAGGUUUCUUUUCAUGUCUGUUUACAGUCCAGUCGUGCCAAACUCUGAUUAGUGCGCUGACUCACCAGGUGUUCGGUUGUGCAGUGUUUGAGAGCUCUCCAAAGCAGUUUUCACCAUCCUCGGAAGUGAAAGGUGCCACUUGGUAGCAAUGAUAUUUUAGAAUUUAAUGGGCUUUUGUUGCCGUGGAGACUGCAUUUAAAUAAAUGUAGCCUGUAGCUUAAGUUAACUAAACCUAAUGCUGCUGUUAAAAACAGUUUAUUUUAAUAUUAAUAUACAGUUGAUUAGCAACAGCGGUGCUGUAUUUAAAGAGACACUUUAUUGGAAGUGCAAUCAUAGUUCCUUGUUUUCACAAUUUUACAGUGCAUUCUAAUUACUAUUGGGUGCAAUUACUUUUAAUGGUUAGUGUUUUAUAAAAUAGAAAAAAGUAGAGUUUCCAUGAGUUACAGUAAAUCCCACAAUUAUUUAAAAAAAAAAAAUUCAAUAAAACAUCUUGCGCAACAUGUUACCGUGCCUUUGCCUAACCUAAAUGGAUAGUUGCCAGUUAAAUAAGUGAGUAAUUCAAAUUUCAGUGUCUCUUCUGAAGUAACUAUGCUAUGAAUUGCAAAGACCUCCAUAAAACCACCCAUGGCCUUGCCUUUACAGUAAAUAUAACAACUAAAUGUUCAGGUGGUUUGUGUGCCUGAAUAGCGAAUGCUGAGAUGUGUUUGUUCCGUUGCACAAUACUCAUUUGCUGUGUGAUUACUGUUUAGUGUUGAAAAAAAUCAACUUCCUAGUUAUCAGUGUCUUACUGUGAAGAAAAUACUGGUCUUAGUUGUAAUUAAGAUGCAGUGGUAUAGUGUGUAAUUAAAACUAGAGUAAACUAUUGGAAUGGCUGUUUUACUUACAUAUUAUCAAAACUAGCAUAACAUAAGCAAAAUAGAUACACAACACUCCAUUUAAUGUUUUAUGACAUUGCUCCCAGAAAUCUACCAAAACCAAAAUUUUAGUACCAGGUUUGUACAGGCAAGUCUUGUUCUGGGUAAAAGGUUAUAUUAGGAUUGAUAUACACAUGAGUUGUGAUGAUGGCUUUUGAUUACUUUUUUUUUCAAAUCCUGCUUUUAAAAUAUUCUUGUACUUUGAAUUUGUAUGGCUAGGACAUUAUGUUAGGGUAUUUAAUAUUUCCCAGGCUCCCCUAAGAUAAACUGUGGGAAUCACUCCUACACCAUGGAUAUCACAAGUCCACGUUGGGUUUCAUUUCCCCAAUUAUCAGAAGCAUUCUUAUCAAUCCCUAUUGAAGUAAGUUGGGGAAAAUAUUAACUUUAUCUACAGUGUAUUACUGUAUAUUAAACUAAAAUAGUCCAUUAAAGGAUUUUUUUACAAAUUUAUUUUGGAUUAAAAAUAUCAACACCAAUAGGUUUUUAGACCAAGUUGUGACUUUUCAGUAGGAAGAGUAUAUCAUAUUGGGACAUUUUGCAAAGCUGCAAUAAGGUGAGAAAGCGUGCCCUGGGUGGAGAUCGUGUCCAUGGGGGGCUCUGGGUCCCUAGCACCUUGUGCAGUUGUUUGUGUGCUGUUCUCUCCUGAGCAUGAAAGUAAGGAUUAUCCAGUUUGUAUUUCCUUGGUACAUAUUUUAAAAACAACAUAGUCAUUGACUUUACAAUUCAGAAAUAAAGUUUGGCAAAGCCUAUUUUGUAAACAAGUUAAUUUUAUAAUGUAAAAAAAAAAAAUAUUACUCUAACCUUGACUUGUUAUUUGCACUUUCAUAGUCUAUACUUGAUACAUUCCCACUUUAUAUACAGUAGGAUUCUACAAACGUAUAGAUGUUUGGCCAAAUGAAUGCUGUUAAUAAUAUGUAAAAUUCUUUGAUUAAACAUUUAUUACUUAAACUACUUCCAUUUUGUCUCAUUACAUUAUGGACUUUGUUUAAACCAAAUCAAGAAGCUGAUUUUCUUUAAAUUAAAUUCCUUCUAAUAUGAUGGGAUUAAUUUGGUUCUUACAUGCAAUUGAUUAGUGCCUAAUAUUUUUACAUUAGACCACCUACUGAGUAUUUUAUACCCCAAUUAUAAACACAAAAUCACUACCUAAUAAUGUGUUAAAACAUUGUAACUAAGUGCUUAUUUUAUUUUCACUGUAGUUUUCAGGAGAAAAUAUUGAUUUUUCCUUGAACUCUCUAAUGGAAAUACACAGGGGAAAAAAUGAUUUUAAGAUAUGUUUUGUGAAAUUGAUUCGAACAGGAAACAUUUUUUUAUGCUGUGUAAAUAGAAACACCUGCCUUUCCAUCCAUUUUACUGUUCUGUCUCUUCUGAGUUAGCAAAAUAACCCCUGGUGUCUGGACUUGAGUGUACAUACAUAAAUUCCAGGCCACCAGCUGGUGCUUUAUGGGGUGGGUGUACCAGUGAUAAUCAUUUAGAGUUGUGUUGUCUUAUUUAUGCCUUCCACUGCGUGGAGCUGGAGCUCCACUACCAAUGUCCAUAUGCUGGAUUAUUCUUUAAAGGUUUUUGUAGCCACUGAUCUCGUUUCCUCCUCUCCGCCCCCCCCAAAUAUUGUCAACUUACCUGUUACGAAUUAAAAUCUGAGACUUAUUAAGUUUGAUCAUAAUUUAAAAACAAUUAUAGUUAGUGUAUCUCAGAAGAGUAAAAAAAGGUUUAAAUAUUAAAUGUAAAUACAAAUUUGGGGGUGUUUUUUUGGCUGAAAUAAAAACUCCAUAGGAAAAACAUUUUCUGGUGCUUGGCUUUUGGGCUGAGUAGUAGUUUUUUCUCAGUAUUGAUCAAUAUAUGGGUUUACUGGAUCUUUUCCUUAGCAACAAUGUAUUACUGCCUUGUCAGUGGCUGUAACCUCACCAUCAUAGAUUUCUUUCUAUAAAGAUAUAAGUGGACCUUUCUAGACUGUACUGCAUAACAGUCCUUAUUUUAGGAAAGAAGAAUGGACCAGGAAAAUCUCCUUUACCUCUCUGUUCCACUUAGGACUGACAGGUGGGUGUCAGACUGAGUGGUGGCCAAGGUUUUGAAAGAAUUAUUCUUCCUCAUUCUUUGAAACUAUAAUGUUAAAAAUAUCUUGAUCAAGCUACAUAUCAUCUCUUAGCCAGCUAUCUCAUUAAGUAUUUAUUGCAUAAGGGCCUAGCCUGUACAAGGCAUCAGUUUACAGACAGGUUCAUUGUAUAUAUAGAUACAGAUAUGAACAGAAGAAAAUAUGUCUCUCUGGUUUUGGGAGAGACACUGUCCUUAGACCUCUUGUGCUUCUACACGUCUUGCUGGGUGUUGUAAGACUGCAAGGCCCUGACCACAGUUUCGCCUGGGUCAUUUCUCAGGGUUGAUGCAGGCGGCAACCUUGAGGACAGAGCAGGCUUAUUAACUGCUUGCUAUAAAAUCAGUGGACUCCUCAUGCUCGGUGUUCCUCAGUUGCAACAGAAACCCACUGUGUGUUUGGCAUCGAUCUGGGCCCGGGGUAUGGGAGACUGACACAAACAGGCUGAUGUUCUUGCUCCUGCAGUGCCUCUGACUCUGAAGUCUUGUGUCUGUCAGCAUCCAUGAAACCGUGACAGGCUGACUUACUGGUUUGUAAGCAGGGCAAAUCCCAGAUUUGACAGUUUUGGCAAAGAGGAUGGGGUGAUGACCAAGACAGAGAUAGGAUUUUCUGAAAGAGGGACCAGGUUCAGGAAUACAAGAAGACUCACUGGGAUCUGGUGGUAAAUGCUCCCAUCCAGGGUGAAAUGGGUGAGGGGAGAGAGGUGUAAGGGUUCCUCACUGUCCGACCUAUUAAUGAACAGGAGUUGAAUUAAUGUUUAGAGGCUUAGUAUCAAGAGAGAGGAUUGAAACAAGCUGCCCAAAUAGUGGCUUGGUUGUUGCUUACUCCUCCAGGCAGGCAGAGCUAAGAGGUGUUUUCAUGACGAGGAGAUAGCAAUUUCUGUGGCCCUAGCUGAAAGACAGUGUUCUGGGGCUGCUGAGUAAAGGAGUCCCCAAACCUAAAAUAACUGGUAUGAGCAAUGAGGACUUUACUAUUGGAUUAAGAGCUUUGGGUGCCAGAAAACAUUGAAGUUCAUUUGAUUGAGCUGCAAGCAAUUGCAGCACCUUUCAAAUGUGAAAGUGAAUGAAUGCAAAGCCCUGCCUGAAAGCACAGAGCAGGCCACACUUACGGCUCUGGCCCCUGCAGCAGCCCACUUAGCGAAUAGAGAGGACUAGGUGCUGGGUGCAAGGGUGGCCCAGAGACUAGAAUGCAGCAGUGUGCACAAGGACAGAAAGAAGCCCUGGGAGAGGUAAUGGUGCCAGUGCUCAGCAAAGAGGAAAGGCCUACCAUUAAGGCUUCUCCAUGCAGGCUAGCCUCCCCCCACCGCCCUGGGCUUCCCAGGCCCCUGGCUGGAGAUAGCACAAUCUUUUGGCACCCAUUUUCCAUUCGUAACUGUAGCUCCUGACUCAGAUGCAUUUUAGUCUCCUUGGUCUUUGUUCCUGUAGGGGAAAAGGGACUUGGCCAUGGUUCAUAGUGGGCAGGGAAGCUUCCAAGUCUGAAUGUGUCAUGGAAUUGAUGUGUUAUGUGUCUGCACUUACCUGUCUCAUAAUUGUCAUUGGGAAUGCUCCCAGUCAGGCAUCUCCACAUGUGUGGAGGUGAUAGUGUCUUUCUUCCUCUGACAGCAAUACUAGACUGGCCUACCCAACCAGCCCUUUGGGCAGACUUCCCAGGAAGAGUCAUACUCAAUUCUGGAUUCUCUAAAGUAGAAACCUUCUGUGAAGAUUUGGGAAGUUGUUGGAUGGGAUGUUCGCUGAACGAGAACUAAAUAAACCAUUAAGUUAUUAUUUUCAACACCAAGUCACACUAAAGGUCCUUUAGAGCAGGGGUCAGCAAGCCUUUUCUUUCAAGGACCAGAUAGUAAGGCUUUUUGCUUUUGUGGGCCGUAUGGACUCUCCCGCAGCUUCUGAAUGCCUGGAUACUGAAAUUAAAUGUACAAUACCGUUUAUAGUUGCUCAAAAAAAAAAAAUACUUCAAGGUAAAACUAGCAUAUUGCUAUGACUUCAGAGCCAUGUACUGGACUUGUGUGCUAAAAACUACAAAACAUUGAUGAAGGACAAUCAAAGAAGAUUUAAAUAAACAGACAUAGUGUGUUCAUGAGUUGAAGACUCAACAUCAAAAAGAUGUCAAUUCUCCCCAAAUUGAUCUACAUGCUUAAUGCAAUUUUUCUCCAAAUCUCAACAAGAUGUUUUCUAGAAAUAGACAAGAUGAAUCUAAAAUUUAUAUAGGAUGGCAAAUGAACUAAAAUAGCUAAAACAAACAAUUUUGAAAAAAAAAAUGGGAGGAAUCACUGUACCCAAUUUCAAGACAUACUGUAUAGCUGUAGUAAUCAACACUGUGUGAUACAUGGAAUGGAAUAGAGAACUCAGAAAUAGCCCCAUACAGGCAUCACCAACUAAUUUCUUAUAAAGGUGCAAAAGCAGUACAAUGGAGGAAGGAUAGUCUUUUCAACAUAUGGUGCUGCAGCAGUUGGAUAUCGACAGGCAAAAAUACAAACCUUGACCUAAACCUCACGCCUUGUACAAAAUAAUUAACUCAAGAUGGUUCAUAGAUUUAAAUGUAAAACUAUAAUCCUUUUAGGGGAAAAAACCCCACUAAAACCUGAUUGAAUGGGACUUCAUCAAAAUUUAAAACUUUUGCUCUGUAAAAGGCCCUAUGAAGAUAGAUGAAGAGUCACUCCGGACUGGGAGAAACGUUUUACAAACUACGUAUCUGGCAAAGGACUCAUAUGUAGAAUAUAUAAAGAACUCUGAAAACUCAACAGUAAAAAACAAUCCAAUAGAACCUGGGCAGAAAACAUGAAAAAAUAUUUUACCAAAGAUAUGUAAAUAACAAGCAACAUGAAAAAAAUGUUCAAUACUACUAUCCACCAGAGAAAUGCAAAUUUAAAUCACAAUGAGUUACCAUUACACACCUAUCGGAAUGACUAAAAUAAAUACCAGUGUCAACAGCAAAUGCUGGUGAGGACAUGGAGAAACUGGAUCACUCAUGCAUUGCUGGAGGAAUAUAAAGUGGUAUAGGCAUUCUGGAAGAGUUUGGUAGCUUCCUAAAAAUCUAAGCAUACAUUUACCAUGCAACCAAGUACUUGCAUUUCCGGGCAUUUUUCAUAGAGAAAUAAAAACAUAAGUUCAUAUAAAAAUCUGUACACAAUUGUUCAUAGCAGUUUCAUUUGAAAGAGAAAAAAAAACUGAAAACUACCAAAAUCCCCAUAGUAAGUGAAUAGCUGACUGUGGUUAAGUCUUACGUGAUGGAAUUCUACUCAGCACCAAAAAGGAACAAACUAUUGACAUAUUCAACAACUUGGAUGGAUUUCAAAGGCAUUACGCUGAGUGAAAAAAAAAAAAAAGCCAAUUUCAAAAGG